UAUUAUCCAUAAAAGGGGAGAGAAGCCUAUGAUGAUUCUUUUCACAAACAGUGUGAAAGUGGGGGCGGGGGCUGCAUUAUUGUAGGAUAGGAGGCCUUCAUUUCAGAACCACAACUAGCUAGGCAGAGCUCCAACAAAGUAGUGAACAGAGAUAUGGAGAAGAUAGCACACAAAAAUGUGGCCGUGAAUGGCAUAAAUAUGCACAUUGCAGAAUUGGGGCAAGGCCCCUUGGUGCUCUUACUCCACGGCUUCCCUGAGCUCUGGUACUCAUGGCGCCACCAGAUCCUCUUUCUCGCCGCCAAAGGCUACCGGGCCGUGGCCCCGGACCUCCGCGGCUACGGCGACACCACCGGCGCACCCAACGAUGACCCUUCAAAGUUCACCGUGUUUCACAUUGUGGGUGACCUCAUAGAGCUUCUCCGGUCCAUCGCUCCUGAGGAGGGCAAAGUGUUUGUUGUGGGUCAUGACUGGGGUGCAAUCAUAGCUUGGCAUUUGUGCAUGUUUAGGCCGGAUAAAGUGAAGGCUUUGGUCAACCUCAGUGUUCAUUUUCUCCCUAGGCAUCCUCAUCUGGAUCUUGUUGAAAGCUUCAGGGCCAUCUAUGGAGAUGAUCACUACAUCUACAGAUUCCAGGAACCAGGGGAGAUUGAAGCAGAGUUUGCCGCAGUUGAAGUAAAGACAUGUCUCAAGAACUUAUUUGCUUUCCGGAGACCAGAACCAUUUUAUUUUCCUAAAGGUAAAGGCUUUAGUGCAAUUACAGAUGGUUCAACCGCCCUGCCAUCUUGGUUGUCAGCACAAGACUUGGAUUAUUAUGUGAGCCGGUCUGAGAAGACAGGCUUCACUGGAGGGCUGAACUAUUACCGAGCUCUUAAAUUAAAUUGGGAGCUGACUGCACCUUGGUCCGAGGCAAAAGUGAUGGUGCCAACCAAAUUAAUAGUUGGAGAUAUGGACUUGGUUUACCAUAUUAAAGGUGCAAAAGAAUACAUACACGAUGGAGGGUUCAAGAAUGAUGUGCCAUUGCUGGAAGAUGUGGUUGUUCUUGAAGGUGUGGCUCAUUUCAUCAACCAAGAAGCACCUCAAGAGGUUAACAACCACAUUUACAACUUCAUAAAGAAGUUCUAAAUUAUCUUGUAAGGUGUAUGUUUACAAGGGUCAAGUUUCUUAAUAAUUAUGGCCUUAGCCUGAUUCCUCCUUUGACGGACAUUCGACCGAUGAUCACCUUUAUUUCUUCUAUAAAAAGUAUCAUGUUAUGUAAUUAUGUUGGUGCUUUAAUGAUAUAAUAGUAUGGACUUUAUUGUAA